AUGAAAGCUAUUUUCGUGUUCGUCGCUGUGAUUUUCGCACUCCUCAGUGUCCUGGAGGCUGUGCCCGCUCCCCAGUUUGGUUUCGGUAGAUUCGGAGGCGGAUAUCCUUAUGGCGGAUUCGGUGGCGGAUAUCCCAACUACGGCGGCUUCGGAGGCGGAUAUCCUGGCUAUGGUGGCUAUAACAACGGCUUCGGCGGAGCCAGUGCCUCCUCAUCUUCCUCGGCCGUUGCCAACAGUUUCGGCGGCGGUGGCUUCUAUAGAUAA